AUGGAAACUGUCAAUGUCCCAGAGCUCGUGGAGCGCCUGGGGAGCGAUGAAGAUGCCGUGCGCAAAAUGGCGGUCUUCAAGCUGCAGACCAAUAUCGGCGACCCGUCUUUCGCCGACCUCUUUAUUGCGGAGGGAGGUCUCACCCGAUUACGCUACUUGACCCUCCACGCCAGUGGGAAUACCCUCGCAUACAGUUUAACCAGUUUCUCCCGCCUGCUGGAUGUCGACAAGGGAUGGGAUUGUGUGGAUGAAGAGAUGGUGGAGCGCAUUGUGGAAUUGAUUGUCACCCAUCCCCUCGUGAAUAUCCUCCGAGGCGCCAUGUCAAUUCUGGUGUCGAUUGUCUCCCAGCCAUCCAGCAUGCGCUCCGCCGAACUCUCUGGCUUCCGCGCCCUGAAACCCGCCAUCGCGAUAUACCCCCAAUUUCUCGAAAUGCUCGUGACCCGACUCUCCUCCGCCGACCAUGCUCUAUGCGCAAAUGCACUGCAACUGAUCAACUCCCUGAUGCGCGAUUCUAUUACCCACGACUCCGAGGCCGAGUGGCCCAAAUUCAUACAAAAGUUACAGGACCUCGGCGUGAUCAGAGCCGUCUAUGUGCUGAUGCAGGACCCGGCGCUCCAAGACCUAGCCCACCCGCUCAUGGAAUUUCAAUCACUGACCAAAGUCUUGCUGCGCAAGUGGCGGGAUAUCCCCCUGGACCAAGAAAAGCCCGAACAUCGCCGUGCGCUAAAGGGGAUCCAUCUGGCAAGCAACCCCGAGAAGAAUGAGGAGGCCGACGAUACACGACGGUCCCGAAAGCAUCAUCCGGAGAAGUGGAGAAGGCUGGGCUUUGAGUCCGAGAGCCCUGUGGUGGAUUUCCACGAGGUUGGGUUCCUGGGGAUGAUGGACCUGGCAGAUUACGUGCGUAGCCACGGCGAUGAAUUCCAGAAAUUGCUCCUGGAACACUCGACCAAACCCGCAGGUCAACGAUGUCCCAUUGCGCGAGCCUCGCUGGCCGUGACGUCUAUUCUCUACGAGCAUUUUGAAGUGGAAAAAUCCGAUAUGGAUGAUUCGAAGUUCAUCUCCGAAUCUCGUGCUGGGUUUGAUAAAAUGUUCCAGCCUCUGCUGUUACACUGGACCCGAUUACAUGUCGCCGGCUUACAGGCGUUUUUCCGUCUGUGGAAAGCAACGGCAGCUGAAGCAGAGGACUUGGAUAAGCUGAUUGAACUCGUGCGCAUUCUCAUUGAGUCCGUAGUCGGCGGCGCAGACCGGACCAAGGACGUCCAGGAUGUCGAGGAGGAGCUGGCGGAUUUCGAAUAUAACCGCCUCCGUGGGUUGCAGAUGGAACUUCUGGAACUUACCUACGAGGAUGCGUGGGGUCAGCAUUUGCGUCAGGUGCGCGACGAGCUGCACCAUGAGGCUUUACAGUUUGUCAAGGAGCAACGGAUCCGAUCUCUGCUUCACGGGUGCUGGUUCGCGCUGGAUGCCAAGUCCGAUGGUCCCAAGUCUGCCACCUAUCAAUAUGCUCAGCUCUCGCAUAAUCGCCGAUAUCUACAUUUUGGAUCCUUCGAUCUGAUGGGGGACCAAGCGCCAGAGCUGGAUACCCUCCCCGAGAAAAUCGAUCUCUCCCUCGUCUCCUCUGUUGUUUCCAACGUCUCCACAGAACCCUCGGCCACGGCCAAAUCAUCCCGCCAACCCGCUACUAAGAUUACCAUCCAUGGCCACGCCCCCUCCCCCAGCAAUUAUGGUAAAGGUACCGGUCACACUCGCUCCGGCAGUCGAGCCACUCAGAAAGAAGUCAUCCUCCUCACCCUGCGGCCAUACUCUCACAGCAUUGCGUCCGAGUGGCUGGAUGGUCUGCUGAUGCUCCUCAAUCAACAGCCGAUCACGGCGGAAACGACCAAGCUGAUUGACCUGGUCAGCAACUACGGGCUCAAGAUCCGACUGCUUAAUGUUCGCUUUGAUGACGCUACGUUUGCGGGUGAAGCACCGCCAGUGCCGGCUCGAGAGGGCUUGGAUGAAGAUUACUAUUAUGAUGUUUUUGGGGGUGUAUAG